AUGAAGAUUCCGAGGAAAGUCUUGUUGUUUUGUCUAUGGAACCGUAAGGAUGAGGUCAAUCCCAUUUCUACUUUGUUGAGAGAAAUUGCAAAGAAUAAGAGGCGGAAUGGUAUAAGAGAAGUAGAGGUCUCCCUGGUGACGUUCAUGUGUAUCCUCUCUUGCCGUAAAUUGCUUAAGAAAGGAAAAAAGUACCACAGCUGCAUGUGGAACCGCUUUGCGUUAUCUCAGUACUACAGAAAUCUCAACUUUCAGCAUGACAUAUUGAACAGGGCAUAUAAAAGUUUGAUGUUCUUAUUGGUGGUCCUGAUAGACCAAAUGUAGGGGCCUCGCCUACAUAGUCGGGAAAAAUGGAAGCAAAGGCUGAAGAAGAUGGUAAUGUGGAGUGACAGUUUGAACAAAGGAGGCAUUACGAAUAAAUAUAAAUGAAAAGCUCACAAUACCUUGGUCGCUCUAGUGGACAAAUACACAGGAGAAACAUUUUUCUUCUCAUGUAAAUCGCCGUGAAGAUUGCAAUAAGUAGAUAGUUGGGCAUUAAGACUGUUUAGAUAGCAUCAUGAUGAGCACAAUAUGAAAUAUUAAACUACCACCAUUGCCGCAGAAAUAAGGUUAAACUCCACAAAACGUAUUUAAUCAUUACUCUAUGUAUGUGAUACAUGUAUCUUAUUUUUCUUGUCUCUCACCAUUGUAAAUUGUUAGAUAUCUCAAUUUCAAGUUAUAUAGAGAGAGGUAAAGUAAAGAGAGAAAGAAAUGGUCCCAAGAUAGAAUGUCGAGGUGGUGAUUUGUGGAGUUUGAGCUCAUUGGCUA